AUGUACAGAACUACAAGAUCCCCAAUGAUGCAGCCACUGGUCAACUCAGGGAUGGGCAUGGCUCCUUUCUUUAAGGUGACUGUGUUUGAGCAGGAGCACUUCCAGGGCAAGUGUCUGGAGUUCACCUCUGAGUGCUGCAACAUCCAGGAGUGUGGACUGGACAACAUCCGCUCCAUCAGGGUGGAGAGUGGAGCCUGGGUGGGUUUCGAGCACCAUGACUUCCAGGGCCAGCAGUUCAUCAUGGAGAGAGGAGAGUAUCCUCACUGGGACGCCUACAGCGGCUCCAUCUCCUACCACGUGGAGCGUCUCAUGUCUUUCCGCCCCAUCUACUGCGCUUCCCACCAGAGCAGUCGCAUGAUGAUCUUUGAGAGGGAGAACUUCAUGGGCCGCAGCGUUGAGCUGUGUGACGACUACCCCUCUCUGCAGGCCAUGGGCUGGAUGAUGCCUGAGGUUGGCUCCAUGCACGUGCAGUGUGGCGCCUUCGUGUGCUACCAGUACCCCGGCUACAGGGGCCAGCAGUACAUCAUGGAGUGUGAGAGACACAGUGGAGACUACCAGCACUGGAGGAACUGGGGCUCCCACUGCCAGACCCCCCAGAUCCAGUCCAUCAGGCGUAUCCAGCACUAAGGAAAGGAGGACCGGUGUCCUAUCGACUCCCCCUCCCUUUAACCACAACCCCCUCCUCUCUUUCUUCCUUUCUUUCUUUCUCUCUUCAGCCUUUUUUCUUCCUCUUGACUUAAGCCGCCCCACUACUGAUCCACAGCUGCAACCAAAAGUGUGAUAAGAGACAAUAUCGCACUGUUGAAGCACAGGGAAACACACUUUCCACACACAUACACACGCACAGCAAUAUGACUGACACUAAUACACAGUGUCUUUUUAUUUGCUUUGAGGUCCCUGCACGCUCACACACACACACACACACCUGUGCUGUAUUGUCACCUGAGCCACCCGGGCGAGGAACAUAUCAGCCCUGCCGGUGCACUGCAACCAAAAGGAGGAGGAGGUGAAGUUCCAAAAAAAAAAAAAAAUGGCACCAUUAAGUGGGAAAAGCCUCCACAGUAGCACUCAGUGUCCUCAGUGACACUGUGACGUUCUGCAGCUCAGAUGUGAUUUGUGGUUGUGUGUAGGAGGUUGAUCCACAGGUUGAUAACUAAUAAACUCAUUUUCACUUCAUAUUUUCUUGCUCAAUUAUUUAAGUUUGUAUGUGAUCUAUUUACAGCAUGA